AAAUGGGGCUGUAGGUAGCAAAAAAGAGGGUGUAAAAAGAGUCACUAGAUAAAAUGUAACCGGCCCAAUAAAUUCCCGCGAAGUUAAGAAAACGAACUAUAACUCUGUUUCUUCUCUUUCCCUUCUCUUCACUCUGCUGCUAUCUCAUAAACCCUUGCCGCCGUGAAAGCUAUCUAGGGUUUCCGUUCGCUUUCCAUUCUCAACAAUGGAAGGAAUCGAAAUGGAGCAAUCAACAUUCCCCACAGACGAAUCAACCAACGACGAUUUCUGCAAUUCAAUCCUCUCUCGAUUCGGUAACUCCCCCAACGAAAGUCACCAACAACUCUGCGCCAGCACAGGCUCAUUGUCACAGUUGCUCAAAGACCAGAAAAAACAAUUAUCACCGGCUGCAUACUUCGGCGCCGCUUGUUUUUCACUCAAUAGCAUGUUGAAGGAACCUAAUCCAAAUUACCACAUCAUCGAAGCGGUUCUCACAAUUCUAUCACUUGUAAUUGUUAAACUUCCUGGUGAUGCGUUGAGGAUGGGGAGAGAGUCUGUGUCUGAGCUUGUUCCGAGAGUUAUUGUCUCUCCGUCGAUACCAGAGAGUUCAGUUGUUAAUGGAUUGAAGUGUGUUUCACAUUUGUUGAUGGUUAGAGAUAGUGAUCAUUGGUCUGAUGUUUCUCCUUUGUUCAAUGUGUUGUUAGGGUUUCUCACUGAUUCACGACCUAAGGUCCGAAGGCAAUCUCAUUUGCGUCUCCGAGAAGUCUUGAUAAACUUUCAAAAGUCUUCGCUAUUAGCAUCUGCAAGCGAAGGCAUCGUUAACUUACUUGAAAGGUUUCUACUGCUUGCCGGUGGAGCAAAUGCAAAUCCUGGGGAAGGAACUAUGGGAGCCCAGCAGGUUUUAUAUAUUCUUGAUGCCUUGAAAGAAUGCCUUCCUUUGUUGUCGCUAAAAUACAAGAACAACAUUCUUAAGCAUUACAAAACUCUAUUGCUUCUGGGUCAACCUCUAGUCACUAGGCGCAUAACAGAUAGUUUGAGUUUUCUCUGUCUUUACCCGACAUCAGAAGUUUCCCCUGAAGCACUACUUGAGGUGUUAUGCACAUUAUCGGCUCUUUCUACCUCAUCAAAUGAGAUGUCUGGAGAUGGAAUGACAUCUACUGCUCGCUUGCUUGAUGCUGGAAUGAAGAAAGUUUUUUCUCUAGACAGGCAAAUGUGUGUAAUUAAGCUUCCCAGCGUCUUUAAUGAUCUCAAAGAUAUUUUGGCUUCUGAACAUGAAGAGGCCAUAUUCGCAGCCUCAGAUGCAUUGAAGAACAUGAUCAAUUAUUGCAUUGAUGAAAGUUUGAUUAAACAAGGAGUGGAUCAGAUAACUUUGAAUGAAUCAAGGAGGUCAGGACCAACCAUUAUUGAGAAAAUUUGUGCAACUGUUGACAGCUUACUUGGUUAUCACUAUGCUGCUGCCUGGGAUAGAGUAUUUGAAGUUGUUUCCGCUAUGUUUAACAAAUUAGGAAACAACUCUCCUUACUUUAUGAGAGGUAUACUCCAAAACUUGGAAGAUAUGCAGAAGAUGCCUGAUGAAGAUUUUCCCUUUAGGAAACAGCUUCAUGCAUGUCUUGGAUCAGCUCUUGUUGCAAUGGGACCUGAAACUUUGUUAUCCCUUAUACCAUUGAAUUUGGAAGCUGAAGAUUCAUCUGUCUCGAAUAUAUGGCUCUUUCCAAUUCUAAAACAGUAUAUUAUUGGUGCGCCUCUAAAAUAUUUUACAGAGGAAAUUUUGCCUAUGAUUGAACGUGUAAGGGAGAAGGCUCAAAAGCUUGAGAAGCAAGGAUUGAUGGUGUCAUCAAGGAAUGCAGACACGCUCGUUUACUCUUUGUGGUCUUUGCUACCUUCAUUUUGUAACUAUCCUUCAGACACAGCUAAAAGUUUCAAGGAUCUAGAGAAACAUUUGCGAAGUAAACUAAAAGAAGAACCUGAUAUUCGUGGAAUAAUAUGCACUAGUUUGCAGCUUCUGAUUAGACAAAACAAAAAUAUUAAGGACUCGAAUGAUAAGGAUGAGGAUAUGGCCAAAGAACAAGUUUUGGUUAAUUACUCACAACAGGUUGCAACUGAAAAUUUGAGGGCACUGGAGAUAUCUGCAAAGAACAUGUUAAAAGAUCUGUCAGAUGUGUUCUUAAAAUCUACAAAAGAUGAUGGUGGUUGUUUGCAGGGCACAAUUGGUGACAUGGCUUCUAUAGCAGAAAAGAAAGUCGUACAAAACUUAUUUAAGAAGAAAAUGUCGGACCUUUUAAAAUGCACUCAAAAGGCCAACAAUGACAAUUCCGAAAGUUCUAUGCAUAUUGAUGAAUCAAAUGAUGUGUCUCAAUCAGUUCAAAGGGCACGGCUUCUUGAUUUUGCAGUUUCAUUGUUGCCUGGAUUAGAUGUGAAAGAUAUUGAUUUAUUAUUUCAAGUAUUAAAGCCAGCAUUGCAGGAUGUUGGUGUCAUGCAGAAGAAGGCAUACAAAGUUCUUUCAAUCAUGCUCAGGAGCUCAGAUAGUUUUGUUUCGUCUAAGCUUGAGGUUCUUCCUGGGCUUAUGGUUGAAAUUCUUCCUUGCCAUUCUUCUGCCAAACGUCAUAGACUUGAUUGCCUUUACUACUUGAUAGUCCAUGUUUUGAAGUCAGAGGCAGUCAAAGCUGAGUUUCUUUACUUCUUAACAGUCCAUGACUCGAAGGAUGAUUCGACGACCUGGCCAGAAGUUUUCCUCACUGAGAUGAUACUGGCUCUUAAAGAGGCUAAUAAAAAAACCAGGAACAGGGCUUAUGAAGUUCUGGUUGAAAUUGCCCAUGCAUUUGGAGACGAGGAGAGAGGCGGGAACAAAAAUAACCUGUAUCAAUUUUUUAUCAAGGUUGCUCGUGGCCUUGUUGGAAAAACUCCACAUAUGAUAAGUGCAACGGUCAAAGGUUUAGCUCGCUUGGCAUAUGAGUUUUCUGAUCUUGUUUUAACUGCUUUUGACUUGCUUCCAUCCACAUUUGUGCUGCUUGAAAAAAAGAACAGGGAGAUAACUAAGGCCAAUCUUGGUUUAUUAAAGGUUUUAGUAGCCAAAUCACAAGCAGAAGGAUUGCAAAUGCAUCUGAGGAGUGUGGUUGAGUGUUUGUUUAAGUGGCAAGAUGCCGCCAAAAAUCAUUUAAAAGCAAAGGUCAAACUUCUUUUGGGAAUGCUUAUCACAAAGUGUGGAUUGGAGGCCGUUAAAGCUGUUAUGCCCGAAGAGCAUAUGAAACUUCUGUCUAACAUACGCAAGAUCAAGGAGCGGAAAGAGAGGAACAAAGGUGCUAAAUCUGAAGAAACUAGGUCUCAUGUUUCAAAAGCAACUACAUCCAGGCAAAGUAGAUGGAACCAUACAGAUAUUUUUUCGGAUUUUGAUGGAGGGAGCACCGCUGGUAGUAAUGCAGAAUACCUGAAUGGCAGGACAGUGGGUAGAUCUUCCACACAUCUCAAAUCAGCACCAUCUUCAUUUAGGGCCAAUAUGAGACUGAAAAGGAAUUUGUCUGGGGACUUAUCUGACGAAUCAGAUGAUGAGCCGCUUGAUUUGCUUGAUCGGGAGAAAACAAGGUCUGCUCUUAGAUCGUCUCUCAAAAGGAAGUCAAGGUUAGACGAUGAUGAGAUAGAGGUAGAUUCUGAAGGACGUUUGAUUAUCCAUGAUGAAGGGGAACAAACAAAGGAAACCCCAGCGGAGUCAGAAUAUGAUGCUAGGAGCGAGCCUGAUAGUCAUUUGUCUGCAAGAUCUGGAACUAAAGCCCAAAAGAAAAGAAGAAAAACAGAGUCCGGUAGGGCUUACACUGGGAAGGAAUAUGCUAGCAAAAAAGCAGGUGGAGAUAUAAAGAGGAAGGAUAAGCUGGAACCUUAUGCAUAUUGGCAACUUGAUCGGAAAAUGAUGAGUCGCCGACCACAACAUCGGGCUGCUGCAAAAAAAGGUAUGGCUUCUGUGGUAAAUAUGACAAAAAGGCUCGAAGGCAAGAGUGCCUCUGCCGCGCUUAAACUGAAUAGUAAGGGUAUGAAACUAAAAAGAAAUCAACGAAAGGGAGCAAACAAAUGAGAAGGUAACGAUCGUAGCCAUGAUUUGCUGUAAGUUUGUGUAUUUAUUUGACGGUGGAAAGGAAAGCAGGUUUUGAGUUUGCUGUUUUCUUAUAUGCUUAGAAAUAAUUUAUUUUUUUGGAGAAAACAAAAUAUUGUUUAAGUAGUGUUGUCCUAAACUUUGUAUUAUUCUGUUCAAAUUUUUGUGAUCCAAUUGAAGCAAAUACAAUUUAGCAUUAUUUUGUUAAA